AUGUCAAAAACCGUCAACCCACGUUUAUACGUAGUUUCCAAUCGUCUACCAUAUACAAUCACAAAAACUGAUAAUGAUUAUGAAUAUAAAUGGUCUUCUGGUGGAUUAGUUAGUGCUUUAAGCGGUCUAAAGAAAAUGAAGGAAUUUACUUGGAUUGGUAUUAAUAUACCUACUGAUGAUCGAAAAAAAGUUGACAAGCGUUUAGGGGAACUUGCAUGUUCAGCUGUAUAUGUUGACGACGAUAUAGCAGAAGGACAUUACAAUGGAUUUUCCAAUUCUAUCUUGUGGCCAUUAUUUCAUUAUCAUCCUGGUGAAAUCUCGUUUGAUCAAGAAAAUUGGAAAUCUUAUCAAACUGUUAAUAAAUUAUUUGCUGAGGCCGUAAAUGAAGUUGUUAAAGAUGGUGAUAUGGUCUGGGUACAGGAUUAUCAUUUUAUGUUGCUACCACGUAUGUUAAGAGAGAAAUUUGGUAAGAGCAAACCAAAUAUUAAAAUUGGAUUUUUUUUACAUACCCCUUUUCCAAGUAGCGAAAUCUACAGAAUUUUGCCUGUAAGAAAAGAAAUACUUGAUGGUGUAUUGAAUUCUGAUUUGAUUGGAUUUCAUACAUAUGAUUAUGCUAGACAUUUUUUAUCAUCGUGUACACGAAUAUUAGAAUUAAAUGCUAUGCCAAAUAGGAUUGACUUUGGAGGUAGACAUGUUCAUGUUGGAACUUUUCCAGUAGGAAUUGAUCCUGAAAGAUUCGCUGAAGGAUUGAAGCAACCAAAAGUUAAACAACGUAUCAAAGUUCUAGAAGAAAGAUUCAAAGGCAUAAAAGUUAUAGUAGGAGUCGAUAGACUUGAUUAUAUAAAAGGUGUUCCUCAUAAACUACACGCGCUUGAAGUAUUUUUAAGCAACAAUCCAGACUGGAUAGGCAAAGUGGUGUUGGUACAAGUGGCUGUACCCUCAAGACAAGAUGUUGAAGAAUAUCAAAAUUUAAGAGCUGUUGUUAAUGAAUUAGUUGGUAGAAUAAAUGGUAAAUUUGGUACUGUAGAGUUCAUGCCAAUACAUUUCUUGCAUCAAACUGUUCCCUUCGAGGAAUUGGUUGCUUUGUAUGCUAUUUCUGAUGCUUGUUUGGUCAGUUCUACAAGGGAUGGUAUGAAUUUGGUUUCUUACGAGUAUGUUGUUUGUCAACAAAAAAGACCUGGUGUUUUAAUUCUAAGUGAAUUUGCUGGUGCUGCGCAAUCGUUAAAUGGCUCAAUUAUCGUUAAUCCUUGGAACACCGAAGGGCUUGCCAAUGCAAUUAAGGAUGCUGUUACUAUGUCUGAAGAAUCACGAAUUUCUAAUUUUCAAAAACUAUAUCGUUAUGUUACAAAAUACACCGCCGAGUAUUGGGGUGAUAGUUUUGUAAAAGAGUUAACAUUAUUGACCACUGAAAAAAAAUAUCAACAACCAUCAUCAUCGAAAACUAAGAAAUAA